AAAAACUGACUUGAACUUUUCACGUCUUCUAUAGCAUCGGUUUGAAAUAUCGUCAGCAUUCUGGCCUCAUACUCACCUGCUGCUGAAUCAGAGAUGCAUUCUGUACUGCUAAUGACGAUGCUAGCGUUGUAUGGACUGCCGAUGUUCUCCUAUGCUGUUCCUGUUUAUGGAAUCUUGGGCCAAUCUCUGAAUCUGAUGUUCACACCAACUACCGCACGAGAUGUGGAAUUUUACAAAGGAUCAAACUUAAUCUACAGAAUGUUUAACCUCACCAUAACACACUGUGAGCACUCCAUUGAAAAGCGUUGGAAGUUUGACAUUGUGAAUGGAAAGAUUAGCAUCAAAGUUACAAACAGGCAUGACACAGGCACAUACCAAAUAACGCCGUCAGGAGGUAAAAGUGAAAAAAUUGAAGUGAUCAUCCAAGCUGCCUUGUCCCCGCCCACGCUUACCCCCCUUUGCCACAGAGGAGAGAGGAGGGUGGUCUGCUCCACCAAGGGAGACAGCCCUCAGUACAGCUGGUCUCUGGACGGGGUGCCAAUUGCAGCUAGCAUCAGUACAGAUGGUACUACUGAUGAUCAGAUCCUGUUUCUAAGGGGAGACACAGUGGGGGAUCUAACCUGUGCUGUCACAAACUCUGUCAGCAGGAAAGAGACCUCAGCCCCUCUUGUGGAACCCUGCGCAGGUUUGGAGACGUUCUGUGAUAUUUCAAAGAAGGUGACGUGUUAUGGGAUCCUGGGAGAACCUCUGUAUCUGCAGAUGAACUGCUCCUUUGCAUGUGAAAUCACAUUUUAUAAAGAAAAGAAAGUUCUGCUUAGAUACAAAAAUUCUAAGAUGUCAAUCAACCCUGGGAUGCUCUCUCCAUCAGCCGAUCAAAGGUGGAACUUCAGAGAAGAUAGCAAGACUAUGAUCAUAAAUUAUACAGACAGUAGUGAUUCAGGAGUAUACAAGGUAGAGAUACACGAUGAAAAUGGCAAACUACUGGACAGUCACACACCCAGUGUGAUUAUUGAAGCUCCGGUGGCCUCUGUGUCUCUAACCUUCACGUGCCAUAGAGGAGAGAGAAAGGCAAUCUGUACUUCCAAAGGAGACUCUCUGCAGUACAGCUGGUCUCUGGACGGGGUGCCAAUUGCAGCUAACAUCAGUACAGAUGGUACUACUGAUGAUCAGAUCCUGUUUCUAAGGGGAGACACAGUGGGGGAUCUAACCUGUGCUGUCACAAACUCUGUCAGCAGGAAAGAGACCUCAGCCCCUCUCGUGGAACCCUGCGCAGGCUUGGAGACGUUCUGUGAUAUUUCAAAGAAGGUGACGUGUUAUGGGAUCCUGGGAGAACCUCUGCAUCUGCAGAUGAACUGCUCCUUUGCAUGUGAAAUCACAUUUUAUAAAGAAAAAAAAGUUCUGCUUACAUACAAAAAUUCUAAGAUGUCAUUCAACCCUGGGAUGCUCUCUCCAUCAGCCGAUCAAAGGUGGAACUUCAGAGAAGAUAGCAAGUCUAUGAUCAUAAAUUAUACAGACAGUAGUGAUUCAGGAGUAUACAGGGUAGAGAUACACGAUGAAAAUGGCAAACUGCACAGUCACACACCCAGAGUGAUUAUUGAAGCUCCGGUGGCCUCUGUGUCUCUAACCUUCAUGUGCCAUAGAGGAGAGAGAAAGGCAAUCUGUACUUCCAAAGGAGACUCUCUGCAGUACAGCUGGUCUCUGGACGGGGUGUUAAUAAACCAGACCACAGACGAUGACCAUACCAUCAUACUGAGAGAGCAAGAGGAGAGGAAUCUCACCUGCACUGUCACCAACCACGUCAGCAGAGGAGACGUCACCCAGCUGUCCAGUCCAUGCCUCGGUUUGUCCUUUUGGUGCGUGUGGGUCGCUCAGAUCAUUAUACUCCUGUCACUGAACAUUGCAACAUGCUGUUUCUACAGGAGAAAAUCAGGCAAGAAAAUAACUUUAAUCAACCUGAUCUUCAUCUGAUGUAAAUGGAUGUGUAUGUAAAUGGAUUUGUCGCUUAAAAUAGUCUAAGCACACGUAUUAAGGAAAACCAUUUUUUCACAUAGACCUCUGUGUCUCAAUGUCAUUGAGU